AUGGCGACGGUGAUCCAGGUGUUAGUCCCGGAAAAGGGUAUACUCUCCUCCAGUACGUGGUGGACGUGAGUUCCGUGUCUUCCUGUAUGUGCUUAUACAUCGUUAUGAAUUGUUUAUAUUACAUAACUACAACCUGCUGUGGUUGAUAACACAAGUGUAUGAACAUUUAGGACAUGUUUAAAGAUCGAAGGGAGCCAGCAUGCUUAGCCUGGAGGUAUCAGCGGAACAAUGCCAGUAAAGGAAUACAUACAGUGGAGACAGACAUUGCACUUCAGCUGAACAUGCAAGGAGCCUUGAGUUAAUCACAACAGAUCAACAGAUAAGCAGUUCACAACGUGACCCAAGGACAAGGGAAACAUAGCAGUUCAAUCGCAACACGGCAACAGAGCAUCAGUCCAAAACAUGAGUCAAGAACUAGGUAACAGUGCUGUUGGUCAAUCCAGCAACUAAGUCCUCGUCCAACUGAGUUGAUCUUUCGGAUCGGAAGUUUUGGAUAUUGAGCUGUCCUUCAUGAUUAAUGAGAAUGCCUUCAUCAUCAUGAAGUGUGGAGUAAAAGAUGUCGGUAUCAUGUAACUCAAAGAACAAUAGAGAAAGCGAGAUCGGCCAGGUACAGCUAAGGUCGUUCACCAACUGCAGAGGACUUGGACCAGAGAAACUGGAUCCUGGAAUUAUACAAGAAUGUGCCAAGAUUGUUGUAGAACUCAACCAAGAGACGGCAGCUUACUGCACACAUGCUGUGUACAUUGGAGGUACGCAGGACUCCGAGGACCUCCGAGAGGAACUCAAACGAAUCCGGUUGCGAGGAUUAGAGUUGGCGCAACUCAACAGACUCAAAUUGGUUCCUUUAUUAAGCAACGCAACUCUCGGUACAGAUGACGCUCAAGAGCUAGAACGUCUGUACAAAAUAUUUUCCGCCUGCCUGGAACUGCUAGAGAUUCAACUGAUAAAGACUCUAGCGCUGGUACAGGCGUUUCCUCUUCACAAUGGAACCAAAGUAUUAAUAAACACGGGGAUAACAGAACCGUUCAUACUAUGCAAGCAUACGAAAAUCACGGUGGAAAGUCUAGACGGAUCGACCUGCAGCAAGACUUUGAUGGAGCAGGAGGAAAUCCGCGGGUUAGAGAGGGAUGUGAACUCCUUACACGAACUUAUAUACAACAUAAACCAGUCAGCCGAUAUAAAUCCAUGGGCAGAUUUCGAACCGCCGCCAAACAACAACGCAGCCAAAACUUUAAACACCUCUUCCAGUAUUUCUGGUUCCGCCGACACUUCUGCGACGAACAAUGCAGUGCGGACCCAGCGCUGUGUGUGUGUUGUGGUACUAACGUUCUCGGCUAUAGCUAUCUCAGCUGUCGUGAUAGGUGUCGUUCUCGGAAUAAUCUGACAGAAUUCUGGAAAUAAUCUGACAGAAUUCUGGAAAUAAUCUGACAGAAUUCUGGAAAUAAUCUGACAGAAUUCUCGGAAUAAUUUGACUAAGUUCAAGGAAUAAAGAAGGGCAGAAAUCGCACGAACUUAUAUAGCAGUGUCAUCCAAAGGAAAACGACGUUGAAUUAUGGAGCAAACUAACCGUCAUUAUGAGAACAAUUUUCCAGAGAAUUGCUUAAUGUAUGUGAUGUGACUAAACGUUUUGAUAUUAAAAGGGUUGAAGUUCUGUGGGCGGAUCUCGCGACCGAAUCUGGUACUGACAACUGCUAUAGGAGACUCUUCAAAAGUCAAAAGUAAGGUACUCGGGCGGUCAUGUAGAUGCGGCAAGCGUCGGACAAUGAAGAUCAUCGAGAAUUGUAUACAUAUGUUAUAUUUACUGCGGCAUUGAGUGCCAUGAUGGCUUAUUUGGUAUAAUGAACGUCAAGACAUUCGAGGGAUUAGUGGGAAACAAAUCCUGGUCACGACACCAGUUUUAACAAAUAGAGAAACUGCCACAUGGAUAUUCAUUGUGGCAUAUCCCUGUCAAAUAAUUUGUGUCGCGAUAACUAUUUUGUUAAACAUAUCGACAUAAAACCGACUUAUGAUAGCAAUCUAAUAUUGUGAUGUCGAAAUAGUUAAAGCGACAAAAUCGUCAUUGUAAGUUGAUUAAAUUUUCGUCAUUCGUCGACAUAACUAUCAUCAUAAGUCACCUCUUCGUGAUAAUUUGUUUGCCCUAUUAUUUCGACUUAAAUUAAUUUUUGGUGUUUAUGUCUACGACUAUAGAAAUUCAAAACUGAAGCACUUCAAACUGUGAAGAGAUUGCAUGGUCUCCUAUGAUCGUCCAAGUCUAAAUCAUUAAUAAGUAUACUAGAAUGCAACAUUCACUACACCACUGAAUUAAAUACAAUGAAGUUUACGUUAAUACAGGUUUCCGGAACAAAUGUCACGUGCUUUGGUGAUCAAGUACGUGGGAUAGUAAAGGGGGAUUAAUAAUUCCGGUUUGAAGGUAAAUCGGUAGUAAGCCUAAUUCCUCGCAAUGUAAGAUUGGUGAACUAUGGUGGAUACGACCAAAAUUUCAUAUCUACCGACUAGUACCCGCUCGUCUGAUAUGCAGUUGGAAAACAUAAACCAAUAGUUUUGAAUAUUGUUUAACUGCUGUCAAAUUGUUGCUUUUUACCGGAAGUAGAUUUGCUCCCCUAUCACGUGGCACGCAUGCGUCGAAUCCGGUUCGAAUCGAAAAAAUUAUCUCAAAAACGACUUAAUGGAAAGCAUUGUUAAAAAGUGGAAAUGACAGUCUAUUGAAUUUAUGAAAAAUGAGAACUUUU